UUAUGUUUUCUUUCCAUUUAUGUAAAUAUGGCAACACUAAAUAACGACGUUCUUGUGAAUGCAUGCGACAUGACGCGCCGGUGAACUUUUAUAUAAAUUUGACGUAAUUUUUCUGUGCAUAUCUUGAAUUUAAGAUUUCACAAUGGCCGAUCAAGUAGAUUCAAUGUCAGAUGCCGAGUUGCGGACAAAACUGGCCGAGCAUGGGUUUCCUAUUAUGCCUAUAACUGCUUCUACAAGAAAACUGUUGGUGAAAAAAUUAAAACUCGUACUAGACAAUAAGAGUAAACCGAGGAACAGCGUCGAUAGUAAGGUGGAAAGUCGGCGCUCGUUGGCGCGAUACUCCAGCGGGGAAGAGUCUGAUGAUACCUCUAAUAGUGUUAAAGAUAAAAGGGGUCGUCGCACGACCACCGGCGGGGCCAUGCUGCCGCCAGUGACGAGCAAAGCCCGCCGGCCUCCGUCCAAAAAAGGCUCGCCAGUUAAGCGUGACUCCGAUAGAGGGUCAGAAUCAGAAGAGGAAAAACCACCUGUGCGCACCCAUGAGGAAGUGGAAACCGUAACUACGAAGCGUAUCACUAAAACUUACGUGAACUCGACUGAACAGGAUGAUUAUGAAACUGGUUCAGAUAGUGAUGUGGACACUGAUAAAAAGACAUCUCUAUUCCGAAGCAGUUCAAGAUCUAGUGACUACAUAUCCAGCACCCAUCCUACCAAUGACGCAUCCACUAGUCCACCAAAAUCCUCAAUAUUCUCUCGUCCGUCCAUAUCACCAACAGGUUUCACUUCUUCAUUAACAUCUUCCGACCAUUUGAAUUCAAUUCGUACCAGGCUUGGUCUGACAUCAACAUUUGGAGACAGACCUUCUGUGAGCAGUUAUACAUCGAGUUUUCCAACAUCUAGUUACCAACCAUCAACAUCUACAGUGGAUGAAGUGGAAUCUCCAUAUUUAAGUAACUUCACGAGACGUCUGUCUGCCUUAAAGGCUGACCCACCCAAACCCACCUCAUAUUUAGACAGGGACACAAACAAUGGAAGUACAAUAUUAACUCCACGCAGGUCAUACAUAACUGGAGUGUCCAGAUCCGAUGUUAUAGACUAUAAAACUGCCAAUGACAGGAAAUUUUUGAAAAAUAACCUUGUGUCUCUCGCUCUGGUCGGUCUGGUGGCACUUUUUUUUUUUUGCUUAUUUUUUAUGUAUAUAGUUAAGAGAAAUGAUAUCACAUCAGUGGUGGAUGAUCAGAACAGCAUUAUACCAUUAUGCCAGCUGAAUAUACCUGGCAAUAGGCCAGGUAUCAACUGUGUGCCUAAAGAACAAGUGAGCUACGCAAAAGAUCUGCUCAAAGUCAUUCACCCUGAAUUGACAGCUAGGGCUGCCGCAUACAAGUGUAAUGUGCCCAACGCUGUGCCUUAUUUGACAGAACGAGAAAUACUUGACAUUGCAAAUGCUAAAGCUGAGACUGUAGACAUCAGCCAAUGUCGUACUGACCUCAAUAACCUGCAAGUAUUGUUGGUAAAUAAUCCACGAUGGGGCCUCAGUGUUGUCCAGUUAAAAAAUCUUUACACUAAAGAUGUUGAAUAUUCUGUAAUUACUUCUACGGAUGUUGUAGUGCAACAACGCAACAAGGGCAGUGUUGCCCUGACUAUCACUGACCCAUCCACACCCUUUACUUGCUUAAUUGUAAACACAUUGUACUCAGCAGGGUCCACUUUUGUCCUUGUCUCUAUAAUUUCGAUUUUAAUGCUUGGACUUCAUAGAUUAUACAAAUAUUAUGUGGCAUAUCAGAAGAGAAAGAGGGAGGAUAUAUACUCAAUGGUGGAACAAAUAAUUGAUGUUAUAUCUCAGGAAACUGAGGACAGUGGGGAACCUUACAUAUCUGUUGACCAUGUUCGCGACACACUAAUAUCACCCCAGAAUAGGGAGAAAAUGGCAUCAGUAUGGGACGCAGCUGUUAAAUUUAUUCAGAAAAACGAGAGUAGAGUCCGUAUGGAAGUCCAAUCUGUAGAUGGAGAGGACUGUAGAGUCUGGAGGUGGGUGUCCUCCCAAAGCAGCCCUAAACGUAGUGCUGCUUGGCAAGGACAGGCUUUCGAGACCCAAGAGGGUUCUGUAAACAAUUUGACAGUGUCACCAACUCCUUGCUUGAAAAUUCGCUAUAUGUUUGACAAGAACGAUACAAACCCUAACUUGAGGGCUGUAAUUCAAGAUGCGAUUUUGGAGAAGUGUGGCGAGGUGUGCAACAUCCUGCAUAUUGAUAUCGAGAGGUCUUCCUGCUGUGUGUAUGUGAAGUGUGCGACGCCGACUGAUGCAGGCAUCGUGUACCGCAGCCUGCAUGGCUGGUGGUACGAGGGGCGGCUCAUUACUGUCAAGUACUUACGUUUGGAACGCUACAUGCAGAGGUUCCCCAGCUCGCCCUCUGUUGGCCCUUACCUGAAAUUAUCCCGCGUGCGGCGCGCUUGGGACGAGUAAUGGUGCUAUUAAGACAGCGCCUUAAUAAUAUACAAUUCGCAUAACUGAUUUAUAACUGAACAAAAAUAAUAAAGAGUUAUAAUUGUUUGCUAAUUAUUUAUUGCAAAUUAAAAGCUCUAUCACUAAAAUAAAUAUUUUGAAUUAAAAGUAAUGCUAGUUCUGUAGGUAUAAAAAGUGUCUUUUGUUUAGAUUGACCGUUCUCUAUUCAAGAGAUAAAUAAAUAAAAAUAGAUCCAGUAAGGGUGUAAUAGACUGUUACAUUUUGGAGUUGAACCAAAUUAUAAAAAUUCAACAAUUUGUUCAUAAUAUUAAUUUUAUCUUUUAGCGUAAUUGUUUUUUUUUGUAAAUUGUCAAGGCAGAUAGUAAGUAGUUUAUAUUUUGUCCAAUAUUAUUAUUAUUAUAAUGCCAAUUUGUUAAUUAAAAUGCAUUAUAAUAUAUUCACGUCAGAAAUGUGUCUUCAUGCAGUCAAUAAUGUUGCAUGAAAUUUUAAUAUCACUAUUGUUAUGUUUUUGUAAAAUGUAUGAUUGAUCUAAUGUUAUAAGCUUAUUAAAAUGUGACCAGCGUGGCUAGUUUUGCAUUUUGUCAAUUAAAUAUAAUUCCAUUAUCACAACAGGCAUCUAUAUCUGAUGUGCCUCUCAAAAUUUGAUAACUUGAUCUAAUUUACUAACGUCAUGAGGACCUAAGCGUAAUGGCAGUGCAUUAAAAUUUAAAAUUGAUUAAAUUUCUGUCGAGUGUAAUUUGUAAAUAUGACAUCACAAUAUUUGUAAUAUCUAGUUACUUCUUAGUCCUACGGCUUAUAUUUGUUACUGAAUUUACUAAUGUUUUGGAACAAAUUGUUAAAAAGGUAGUCGUAAGUAGGUUAAGUUUCGUAGGAUAUUUCCAGAACAUACAAAAAUACUGUUUAAUUUUUAUAUGUGUUUGACGGCACAAUGUAAUUUUAUGAAAAAUAUGUGUGUUAUUUUCAUAAGGUUGACAUGUAUUUUAUUUGUAUUUCUACUAACUACAGACUUUUGACUUUUAGCUUCAUUUUUAUGGGUUGAUUUUCAUUUUUUUAAUAAAUUGAUAUAAGUAAAACUUGGUU